UGUGUGUUUCUCUCCCUUUUUCAAGGGAUUCUAUGAAAUCGAGUUCGGUUUGAAUCUCACACACGCACAAAUCUGUAUACAGUGUGUGUGUUAGGGUAUCAGAGUAGAGUGAUAGAAGAAGACAACCAUGUCGCUGAGACCGAGCACGAGAACCGAGGUUCGCCGGAACCGGUACAAGGUGGCCGUCGAUGCUGAGGAAGGGCGGAGAAGGAGAGAGGACAACAUGGUCGAGAUCCGAAAGACCAAACGAGAAGAGAGCUUGCUCAAGAAGCGUCGCGAAGGCCUUCAACCCCAACCUUUUCCCGCCAGUGUCCCUCCCUCCACCCUCGAGAAAAAGUUAGAGAGUCUUCCUUCCAUGGUUGCUGGUGUUUGGUCUAAUGAUGGCAAUCUGCAGCUAGAAGCUACUACACAAUUUCGUAAAUUGCUUUCUAUAGAACGUAGCCCACCAAUCGAAGAAGUUAUACAGUCUGGUGUUGUUCCCCGCUGCGUUGAGUUUCUUAUGAGGGAGGAUUUCCCACAACUUCAGUUUGAGGCCGCCUGGGCUCUCACAAACAUAGCUUCUGGUACCUCAGAAAACACCAAGGUGGUAAUUGAUCAUGGGGCGGUUCCCAUUUUUGUCAAGCUUCUGGCAUCUCUGAGUGAUGAUGUUCGUGAGCAGGCUGUGUGGGCAUUAGGUAAUAUUGCCGGUGACUCCCCCAGGUGCCGUGAUCUUGUGCUCAGCAAUGGAGCUUUGAUUCCUUUGCUUGCACAAUUGAAUGAGCAUGCCAAACUUUCAAUGCUGAGAAAUGCCACAUGGACGCUAUCCAACUUCUGUAGGGGCAAGCCACAGCCUCCAUUUGAGCAGACAAGGCCUGCACUUCCUGCCCUCCGGCAACUUAUUCAUUCCAAUGAUGAAGAGGUGCUGACAGACGCAUGCUGGGCUCUCUCGUAUCUCUCUGAUGGUACAAAUGAUAAAAUUCAAGCUGUGAUUGAGGCAGGUGUCUGUCAACGACUUGUUGAACUCCUCCUUCACCCAUCCCCCUCCGUCCUCAUUCCAGCACUUCGCACAGUUGGCAACAUUGUGACAGGAGAUGAUCUUCAGACUCAGUGUAUAAUGGAAAAUGGUGCACUUCCAUGCUUGCUCAGUUUGUUAACCCAUAAUCAUAAAAAGAGCAUCAAGAAAGAAGCCUGCUGGACUAUCUCAAAUAUUACUGCUGGAAAUCGCGAGCAGAUACAGGCUGUAAUUGCGGCUGGCCUAGUUGGCCCUCUUGUCAAUCUGCUUCAAACUGCUGAAUUUGAUAUAAAGAAAGAGGCGGCUUGGGCAAUUUCAAAUGCUACUUCUGGUGGUACUCAUGAGCAAAUCAAGCACUUAGUCGAUCAGGGCUGUAUAAAGCCUUUGUGUGAUCUCCUUGUAUGCCCUGAUCCAAGGAUUAUCACUGUCUGUUUAGAAGGGCUAGAAAAUAUCUUGAAGGUUGGGGAAGUUGAGAAGACCUUAGGUAACACAGGAGAUGUUAAUUACUAUGCCCAGUUGAUUGAGGAAGCUGAGGGGUUAGAAAAGAUUGAAAAUCUUCAGAGUCAUGACAACAAUGAAAUUUAUGAGAAGGCAGUGAAAAUUCUUGAGACGUAUUGGUUGGAAGAUGAGGAUGAGACUUUACCUUCAGGUGAUGGUCCCCAGCCCGGGUUCAACUUUGGAGGAAAUGAUAUUCAACUCCCGUCUGGUGGAUUCAACUUUAAAUGAAGUGCGUAGAUUGUAGGAAUUCCAGUUUUGGGAUGAAGCAGUUCAUGAUGAGCAGCAAGGUAUAUGUUGGUGUCGAGCCAGGUCAGGGCAGCUCACCAUGUCAGGUUACAGUCAGGUCCAGUGUCCAUUGUUGUUGAAGCGGUGCCAAGCUGUGGUAAUCAUACUACAGUGGUCAAAUAAAAAGGGUUGGGAGGGUUUAAUGGCGAAAAGGAUGGAGCCUAAUGGUGGUUUGGUGUUUGGGCCUUGUGUCGUGCAAUGUUUUCGAAAUAGCUAUAAGGUGAUCUUGUUGCAAGAAUGGAGGUUUCUGAACGCCACAUCGCGCCGUCUAUAUGUUAUUCAAGUUUUGUAUUAGUAGUCUCUAUGGAGUCCGUAUGUUUUUCUUAUUUUCAGUGGGUGAAUACAAUUUUGAUGAGCCUUUUGAUUGCAAGAGAGGAAAUUGAGCUUAUUUUCUUGUGCUAUAUGUCCCUUGAAAUGAAUAUUGUGAUUACAUAUUUGUUUCUAAAUGUCUUCUAUACUUUUUUUUUGUUUUUUUUGUUUUUUGAA